AUGAAAUUGUCAUCAGAAAUAACAAAUGUUGAAGGAAUAGAAAUUUUAACAAUAGAAUUAACUAAGUGCACAGUUACAUCAGUAUACAAACCACCAAAUGUUCCAUUUACUUUCCACAAGCCUGGUAAUUUUAAUAAUUCAAGAACAAAAAUAAUAAUCAGCGAUUUAAAUAGCCAUCACACAGAAUGGGGAUAUGAAAAUACAAAUGAUGAUGGAGAACGGGUUGAACAAUGGGCAGAUGGAAACCAAUUGUCGAUCAUAUAUGACUCCAUGCUGUCUCCAUCAUUUAACAGUGCAAGGUGGAAAAGGGGGUAUAAUCCAGAUUUGAUCAUGUUCAGUGAAAUUGUAAGACAGCAAUGUGUCAAGACAGUAGCAAAACCAAUUCCACGGUCCCAACAUCGUCCAAUUGUAUGUUAA